AUGGACUUGCAAUAUUUUAAAGCGAAAAGCGCGUUGCGAUACAGGUCAGAGAUUCCAGCAUGCCGGCCAUGCCAAAACUCAGGGUCGACCUGCGAAUACACAGACGGGCGCUCAGGCAAUGUCCACCCAAGAAGCGUCAUCCAUGACCUCGAGAGAGAACUCAUGAACUUGGAGACGCAGAUCUAUGAUGCCGAAAAUGCACCAACCGAAACAUCUCCAGCUACUUCCAACCUGCGAUCUGGCGAUGAAGCCGCACAGACUUCUGUCACUGGACAUACUGAGGAGCAUCCUACCUUUGCCGAAUCUUCAAGUGGUAUCAACUUGGUUCGAUCAGCACUCGAGUGCGCUCAGCAAGAUUACUCGAAUCUCGAAACUCCAUCAGAUUCUGCAGAAACGCGACCCACGCCACAGCCACAGAAAGGCAAUGCAAGAGCGGCUUUGCCUCCACGGGAAUUGGCAAAUAACCUCACAGACACAUUCUUCAGUUGUCAUCAAGUUCAAUAUCCGAUUCUCAACCAGGAACAGUUCGAGGAUACCAUGUCACAAUUCUACGAUAAACACAAUGGCAGAAGCGAUACUCCUGACUUAUCACCCUCUGAUGUACGAGUGCGUUUCAUGAUUAACAUGGUACUUGCGAUUCCCCUCAUGUCGAUGGUAGGGGACCAUGAAGAAAGCCAUGCAAUGUCGAAAGGUUUCACUGCCAAUGCCAUGGCUGAUGUAAGCCAUAUCAUGCAGACCAAGAACGUGCAGUCUAUCCAAUGUCUACUCCUACUCUUACUGCUAUCAAUAGUAGACUCCGCUCCUGCACCCGUCUGGUAUAUAUCUGGUCUUUGUAUGAGAAUGUGCAUUGACCUAGGGUAUCAUUCGGAAAGGACUAUCAGUAUGUCCUCUUCAGCGGGCGAUACUGACACAGGCAAAGAAGAAGAAGCAGACAUUAAGCGAAGGCUCUUUUGGAUUGCCUACACUUUUGAUAGAACCUUCAAUAUCUUACUGGGUCGUCCCUUUACCUUUGACAAUUUGUCAGUGGAUAUCAACUUGCCUGGCUGCUCAUUGACAUCUACAACCCGGCGGCAGACAUUGCAUUGGCUAGAGCUGCAACGAUUGCAAAGCGAGAUCGUCCAUAAGCUUCAUAGCACUCGAAAACUUACAGAUAGCCACAACACACAAGAGUCAGAGGUUGAGCUGUCUCAAUGGACAAUCAACAUGACACAAAGCCUAAAAGAGUGGAAUGGGUUCGCCCAAACGCUUGCUGACCCUUGUGGCUACGACGUUAAUUGGUGGAGCUAUUGGCACAGAACAGCUUUGCUCAUUCUAUACCGACCAUCCUUGUCACGGCCAACACUCAGUCCUUCCGAGACCUUGUCUUGUUACAUGGCCGCAAAAGAGCUCAUACAACUGUCAUUCCUCCGCAUCAGUGAAGGCCUCGCUGACUUUACUUGGAUUGACCUUCAUUUCCAAUUCAUGAGUGGCAUUACCAUGAUCCUCAUUAUAUGGAAAAGCUUAGAAGCGAGGAAUAAGGCGCAAGAAGAUUGGAUCUCGCUCAAGAGUAGCCUGUUCCAGUGGAAGCUGAUAUUGGAGAGACUUGGUGCCCGGUGGGAACGGAUUGGUCGAGCUCGCGAAGUACUAUCAAAAUUGGCUGAUGCUACUGUUGACCUUGUGGAGAAGGUUCCUACGGGAGCUACAGAGGGCACUCUUCAUUCACGGCCAUUGCAGAGUAUGAGAGAGACACGACGUAGUCAAAGACGAUCAAUCGUGCAAAGACUUCGAAAUAUGUCGCGACAAGAUCAAAGUCAGACUGGAGCCCUGGACUCAAGUCCACCUUGUUCAAACGCAGGAUUUAACAGAGAGACCACACAGUUGUCCAAUAACAACAGUAACCCCGAAAGUCGAGGUCAAGAUGUGACAAAUAUGCAGAAUCUUGCAGAAGGAACCGCAGGGUGGACUGAUUCUGACAUUAAUCUGCAACAAGAGACAGCGCUCGGAUCACAAGAUGCUGGCAAUACCUCACAUUGGAAUGCAGAAGAAACACUCUGGCCACUACUCAAUCUGGCUGAUACCACAAAUAGCACUGAUGAGCUGGACCUUUGGGCGUAUUUCUCAGCUCCGAUGUUGGGCAUGGAAAAUAUGGCCAUCCCAAAUUUCAACACUGCCACCAGGCCUGGUGAAUCCCUAAACAAUAGCAUCCUCAACUUCCAAGGGGAUCUCAGUCAAUUUCCUUCUCAAAAUGGAGCAAACAGUACUGAAGAGAGUGAUUAUAUACAAGGGUAUUAUGCUACACAGUAA